AUGAAAUUUUCAAUCGAAAAUCAUAUUCGGGCAUACCCAGAAUGCGCCGAAUUUAAUAUACAACGUCAAAAACCACCUGAUCUAUUACAACCUAUCGAUCCCCCGUCUGAAGUAUUUCAAGUGCUUGGUCUCGAUUGGUGGACCCGGCUCCUACAAAGCACACGUAAGCACAAUAAAACAACUGAAAUGGCUCAAGCAUUAAUUGUUAAAGCUUAUUAUGAUGAUUUAAAUCAAACUCAUCCCGAAAUUCGACGAUUUACAGUUGAUAUUACAUCUGGUAGAAAUAUUUAUCAGGAAUUAGAAGCAAAAAUUGCUCAACUGAAUUCGGAUUAUGUCAUUGGUCGAUUUACACUUCAAUACAUCGACGAAGAUAAAGAUCGCAUAACAUUUUCAUCUAAUGAUGAAUUACGAUCAGCUAUUGGUAUGAACAAUGGUGGCUCAAUAAAAAUAUUUGUUAAACCAAAACACCAACAGCGAAAAGGUGGUGAAAAUAUUCAUCAUGCUGGUGUUACAUGUGAUGGAUGUCAACGUCAAGUAUAUGGUAUUCGUUAUAAAUGUGUUGAAUGUCCCAACUAUGACUUAUGUGAAAUAUGUACGAGCAAAGGUUUACAUUCAGAACAUAAUAUGUUAAUAUUGGUAAAACCAUGGUCACGUCAUUGUCCCUAUUUUGGUGGUCGACGAUUUGGAAGUAGAACUGACCACUGUGAAGAAGCACGUCGAUUUUGGCGCAAACAACAAGGUGGUUUGAAUGUUGGUGAUUUGUUAAAUCAAUGCAAAAGUUCAGAAAUUGCAGAUUUGAUUCAACAAUAUUUACCAUCAUCGCUACAAACAGAAAACAUAAAACAAUUGUUGGAACAAUUACGAAAAGAAGAUGGUACCAUCAAUGGACAAAAUAUUUUGGAACAUGUUGGCAGCUUUUUACAAGAAAUUCUUUCACCAUUUGGAAUUGAUUGUGAUUAUUUUGUUGAUCCAAAAACGUCGACAACAACUCCAAACGAUACAAAUCCAGAAACAGCAAAACAAGAAGAAGCCGGUGCAACAUGUUCUUCAGCAUCGACUUGCACAGAAUCAAAAACAACAACGCCAUCUGCACAACCAUCUGCCACAACAACCGGUGCAUCUGCCAACGAUUCACCAUGGGAACAAUUAGCCUCCAUGUUUACUACAAUGAUGGAAAAGCAAACUGGACAGACAACUACAACUAGUCAGGUUGAUGAAGAGGCAUGCGAAAGGAAAAAAAUAGAUGAAUGUAUUCAACGCCUGACCGCAAUGGGUUUUAUGAAUACAAAUGGUGUAUUAGCAGAAUUAGUCAAGGCAAAAAAAGGUGAUCUCAAUCAAGUAUUAGAUGCAUUAAAUCCAAGAAAUUAUAGCAAAAAUUAA